UUAUGCGGUCCAUGCGUAAAAUCCAGAAAGGUUGCGUGUGUGCCGGUAUCUUGUCUCUGUAAUCCUAUUAUUGGCUUUAUAAGACAUCAAGAUGUGGUUUGAUGAGGCCGGAGAAGUACUAGAAAUGUUUAGGAGCAGUUUCCCGCUUUCAUUUCUGUUUUUCGUUCCAAUUUUAAUCAUUCUAUCACCUGUGAGUCCAGCGAAUGCAGCACAGGAAUUUUCGGUUUUCAGGAUGCAGCAGUACGAUCUACAAGGUGUUUCCUACGGAAGCAAAAACUCUCUAAUCAACAUGGAAGCCCGCCCCAUUGAUGCCAAAAUGUUAACCAGGCGCUGUGUGGUUGCUCGUUUGCGUGAAGUCACCAUGCCCAAGUUCCGUGACUUGCUCACACAGAAUGCUGGAGGGCUUGUCAUACUUCUACCUGAAGAUUUUAACUCUCUUACAGAAGAAGAGAAAGUGCAUCUGAAGGGUUUAGAGAGGGACUUAUUAUCAGAGGAAACAGUCCUUCCUGUGUACUUUGCGUAUGAGACGCCUGAACUUGGGGAGAUAUAUGACGACAUCAGGCGUGGAAACUCAGGGGAUCAGGCUCCGACUGCAUGGGAAGCCCUGCUGGGAGCAGCCACAGCAAAUGGCUUCCAGAUGUCUGUUACUGGAGCACAGUCAAAGUCUUUGCCGGACUUCCAGGUCACUAACAUACAGGGACGUUUGUCAGGGAAAGGCAUUGAAGAGCAGCUGCCUACUGUUGUCAUUGUUGCACAUUAUGAUGCAACUGGCGUGGCUCCGGCUAUAGCGUUUGGAGCGGACUCCAAUGGAAGUGGUGUGAUAGCACUGAUGGAGCUGGCAAGACUAUUUGCAAAGCUGUACACCAACUCCAGAACUCAUGCCAAAUACAACCUUGUGUUUCUGAUGUCUGGAGGUGGCAAGUUUAACUACCAGGGAACCAAGAAGUGGAUAGAAGACAAUAUGGAGGCUACAGACGGCAACCUGCUGUUGGAUGUGGCUUAUGUGAUGUGCCUGGAUACAAUUGGAAACGGAGACACACUCAAUCUCCACGUGUCCAAACCUCCCCGGGAUGACAGUGCAGGGGCAGCAUUCUUAGAGAACUUGGAAGAGGUGACGAAGGAACACUUCCCAGAUGUUCAGUUCAAGAUGGUCCACAAGAAGAUCAACUUGGCUGAUGAGAUGUUGGCAUGGGAACACGAGCGGUUCAGCAUCAAGCGUCUUCCAGCAUUCACCAUGUCUCGCUUGGACACAUACAAGACAUCCGAUAGAGGAACUAUACUAGACACGAGGGGCAGUGUUGAUGUUGCCCGUCUUAGUCUUAACAUCCAAGUCAUCGCAGAAAGUCUGGCCCGCCAUAUCUACAAUCUGUCGAGCCAAGGCAGCUUCAAGCUGUUCACAGAAGGACUGAAUGUCCAGGAGAGUGUCCAUACUGCGUGGAUGGACUUCUUGACCAACCAGUCCCGUGCUGCACAGCUUUUGUCCAAAGAAAAUCCAGUCCUGGCCACCUUGGAAGAGACGUUCUCCAGGUACCUGAAGGACGUCAAGAAGACCCUUGUCAAGGCUGACAAGAGAGAUCCAGAGUUUCUCUUCUACAAUGGUGCUGUAUAUAUAAUGAAUGCUUACAAUGUGAAACCAGCAGUAUUUGACCUGUUCCUGGCUGGAGCCAUUGGGUCCUACCUCGCAGUUGUCUACAUCUUUGCUCAGAACUUUUAUCGUGUGUACCAGAUGUUGAGACAGUAUAUCGGAAACUCCAAAGUAAAGGCAAGCUAAAAUGAUCAUAUCCAGGGACUUGGUCUGCCCAGUGAUGAAGUCAGCACCAGAACAUUUCAUCCACUUGUCAUCCACAUGACAGGAAAGUUUUGGAAUAUUUUAUGGCUAUGUUGAGGGAGCAGUUGGUGUAUUUGAAUAACACCAUUUGUGUGUCCUUUCCAUUGGUCAUUUCAAUCUCAUUGUAAUCAGAGCAUUAGUAUGCAAAUGCUGGUGUGUUUUGGCUUAGUAUUGAACUGGUGGAUCCAGAAUGAUUUAUAAUGUACAGGACUUCAACUAUACUAUGCUUUAAUCACUGAUAAAAAACCCAUUGAUUUUGCAUUUUCAUUUCCAGCGUUAACAUUCGAACAAACAAUUAUACCAGUGUUGUUAUCAUUGUGGGUGUAUGGAUUGUUUUACCCCCAGAGUUUCCAUGUUCAUUUAUCACAGCAUUCCAUAUCUCCAAACUCUUCAUCAGUUACCUCCCCUUGUAAAAUGACCCAAAGAGUGCAUCAGCUCUUGUAUGGCUUCACUAUAUUGUAAGAUGUGUUGAUCACAAGGGUACCAAACACACAGAACUUACAAUUCGAAGACAUGUGUGAUAAAGGUUAUGAUUAUAGCCCACAAAUGA